AUGGAUUCCCAACAUGCCCUGCUCAAGUCAACAGGUGCUGAGAAGCCGUCGAGCUGGGUGCCACUCCUGGAUCAGCCCCUGCACGCUGUUCGCAAGCUGCGCCUCGUCUGUGUCAGUGCUGGCUUUUCUGGCUUGAUUCUCGCCCACAAGAUCAAGUAUGACUUGAAGAUGGAUGACUUCAUCCAGCUCCAGAUCUACGAGAAGAGCCCUGAUGUCGGUGGUGCUUGGUAUGAGAACCGCUACCCAGGGGCAGCCUGUGACGUUCCGGCUCGUGAGUCUUUGUAUUACUUUGUCAUGGCAGCCCGACUAACCGCCCAUCAGCAGAUUCCUGUGUUUCCUUUCGAGCCGAACCCAAACUGGACUUCCUUUUACGCAUGUGGACCCGAGAUCUGGCGGUACAUGAAGGACACCUCUGUCAACGGCAAGUGGAAAUUGAGCAUCAACCAGCUGGGAAACGUGAUUGAGGACGAAUGUGACAUCUUUGUCAAUGCAUCUGGUUUUCUCAACAAGUGGUCGUGGCCUAAUAUCUCGAGACUCCACGACUUCAAGGGGAAGCUUCUACACACUGCAAACUGGGAUACAACCUAUGAUUGGACGGGCAAAAGUGUUGCUGUGAUUGGCAACGGUUCGUCAGCCAUUCAGCUGGUACCACAUGUGCAAAAGACUGCCAAGAGGGUGGUCAACUACGUCCGAAAUCCCACUUGGGUAGCAACCAACUACCUUGAAGAUUACGCCAACGGAAAUCACCAUUACUCUGAAAAGCAGAGGAAGAACUUUCGGGAGAAUCCGGAGUUGCUCUUCAAGCUGCGGAAGACGCUGGAACAUGCGUAUGCCUGA